CUCGUUCAGAUCUCAGACCAAAUGUCAGCCGACCGCGAGAGCUUCCAUCUUCUAGAGGGCAACCCCCCGCCCCCGCCCUUCUCACUCCCUCGCGCAGUGUUAUUUCCUUCAGAGCAUUUUCUGCUAUGGAAUCCUUUCUCUUUUGGUUUCCUCUUUUAAGAAAGGCUGUAUGUAGGCUUUACGGAGGGCAAGGACCUUGUCGAUUGCUAUUGCCCCAGCUCCUGGCCUACUGCCUGGCACGUAGUAGGUACUCAGUAAAUAUUGGUUGAAUAAGGGACUGCAGCACAGUGGCAGCGGCCGCUUCCGUGCCCAAGCCUGCCACGCCACCAGCGCCACGACUUGCUUGGCUGGGGGGUGGGGAGGCACACCCUGGGUGUGAGUCCUUUUCUCCUCCUUUUCAACUUCCCAGUGUAACUUUAUGUGAGCACAACUCCAGAAGCUCCCAGGACAAGGCCACCGCCCCGGAAUCAGGGCCUUCCCAGUUCUGCCUUCGGGGAGGGGAACGGGGGUGGCCCGCGGGAAGCCAGUUACGAGCGCCUCCUGAAGUCCCUCCCGCCGCCCCGCGUCGCUCUAAGGCGGAGGCCGGGGAGGGGGCCGCGCCGCCCGCCCGCUCUGCGCUCGGCUCCAGACUUCGGCAUUUCCUCCCCGCUAGCUGGCGCGGACUCGCCUCCCCUCGGAAGAGGAAACUCCUGGGGCCGAGUAACGGGAACAAGAGCGGAGGAGAGCGGACACGAGCGCGGAGGGGGAGCCCGGGAGUGCCACCCAGGGUAGGAGGCAAGCCGGGCCGGGUCGGAAGCUGGCCGCGGGCGGCGCGCCGGGCGGGGCGGGGAGGGCCGCCGGGCGGGACGGAGCUCGCAGCCCGCGCAGGGCGCGGCCCGGGGCCCGGGAGCGCAGGGCGGGCCGCAGCUGGAAGGAAAACUUGAGCUGGGAGAGGAGGCCGAGCUGGAGGGCGCCUUCCCCGGACCCUGCGAGGGGGGAGCCGCCGCGGAGGCGAAGGAGACCGGGACCGCGGGGCUGCCGGGGCGCUGCCCGCAUGCUGGGCCGGGGGCGCCGCCGGGGCUCGCGCCCUGGGCUGCAGGGCCGCCGCUGUCCCGGGCGCCCGGUAUGUCGGUGCACUACACCCUCAAUCUGCGCGUCUUUUGGCCCCUGGUGACCGGCCUGUGCACUGCCCUUGUGUGCCUCUACCAUGUCCUCCGGGGAAGCGGGGACGACCGGGCUGAGCCCCCCGACGGUGCGGACGGCGGCUUCUCGCUGCUCAAGGUGGCCGUCCUGCUCCUCCUUGGCUACAUCCUCCUGCGCUGUCGCCACGCCGUCCGGCAGCGCUUCCUGCCAGGGUCUCCCCGCCUGGGGAGACACUCCACCUUCUCUCCUAAACACUUCCGAGAGCCGAGCCUUGGCAUCUUGCUGGAGAGUUACUACGAGCACGAGGUGCGCCUCUCUCCGCACGUGCUGGGCCACAGCAAGGCGCACGUGAGCCGGAUCGUGGGCGAGCUGGUGCGGGCUGGCCGCGCCCGGGGGUCCCCGGGCCCCAUCCCCGGCGGGGCGCUGGCGUUGGCCUUCCGCGGAGACUUCAUCCAGGUGGGCAGCGCCUACGAGCAGCAUAAAAUCCGGCGGCCCGACGGCUUCGACGUGCUGGUGCCACUGCGCCUCCCGCCGCUGGUGGCGCUGGAGCCUCGGAGCCUGGGCACCGAGCCCGCGCUGGCCCCAGCCUUCCACGGCUGUUUCGUGUGCGCGCUCAAGGCGCCGCCGGGGGCCUCCGGAGGCCACUGGCUCCGGGACUGCAAACCCUUUGCCGACGGCUUCUGCGUGGACGUGCUCGGGCGGCGUCACCUCUCCGCCACUAUGGUGCUUCGCUGGUUCCAGUCGCACCUGCAGCGUUCCCUGGCCACCGUGCGCUACAGCCUGGAGGGGCGUUGUCGGGUCAGCCUGACCCCCGGCGGCCUGGAGCAGCCUCCUACCCUGCACAUCCUGCCGUGCCGCACGGAUUACGGCUGCUGCCGCCUUUCCAUGGCAGUGCGUCUCAUCCCCGCUGUGCAUUUGGGCGAUGGCGUUUUCCUCGUGGCACCACCGCCGCCACCCUCACCUGUCGGGCCCCUGUCGGAGCUCCCGGGAGGCCUGCGCACUGAUGCACUGUGGGGUGUGAAUACAGCGCGUCAGGAGCAGAAGCUGCUGAGCUGGCUGCAGGAACGGGCCCCUCCAGGUGCCUGCUACCUCAAGUGCCUGCAGCUGCUUAAAGCUCUGCGAGACCUGGGCGCCCGCGGGCUGGACCCGGCGGCCGCCACCCAGUGGGGACGCAUUCUGUCCUCGUACAUGCUCAAGACAGUGCUGCUGGCGGUGCUGCUGCGUGAGGGGGCUCCGGUUCAAGGCUGGGACGAGGCACACCUGGGUGAGCGGCUGGAAGAAUUAGUGCAGUUCCUUAGAGACUGCCUGCUGCGACGCCAUACGCUCUUCCACUGCGUCCUGGGCCCUGGUGGGGCCGCUGCCGAGGUGGGCCCACUGCCCAAGGUUCUGCGUGAAGCUGCCCCCGUUGACCUCCUGGCCGCGUUCGACAGACAUGCCCGGGAACUCGCGGCUGCGAGGUUGCUGUCCACGUGGCGAAGGCUGCCCCAGCUUCUCCGGGUCUAUGGGGGUCCUCGCUACCUUGCCAGGUGCCCCCCACCCCGGAGUCAGCGCACCCAGGGCUUCCCUGAAGAUGAACCAUAAACCUUGACAGCGCCUCCACCUGGCCAAAAGCUCCUAAAGCCAACCCCCCCCCCCCCCGGGGGGUGGGGAUGGCAAGGAAGCCAGUUUAUCGCAAGGAAAUGAGCUGCCACAGGUGUUAGAAAAUUCGGAAGGUGACAUCUGGUGACUUAUUAUGUCACCCCUGGCUCCAAAGCCAGUAUAGUUAUGGCAUCUUUUUCACACCCACCAGCGUGUCCGGAGCAAGCCACAGAAAGACAUCCAACCCCAGCAGCUAAGAGUUGGUCCAAAUGUUGAUUUGUGUGAAAUGAUUCUGUAGAAGGAUCCAGCUUUUAGGGAAGUCCAGGAAAGGAAGCAAGAAAUAGCUGCAGAGAAAGUUUCCGCUGUCGGUUUUUGAGACACAGAUCUCUGGCCCCCAGAUUUAAAGAAGCUAAUGUUUUUUUGAUAUAAGUACUUGCUAGGUCCUGGGUUCCUGAUGGUCUUCCUAAAAAUCGGAAUCUUUACAACUGGAAUUGAAGUUCUAUUCUAGGGGCUAAUGUUCUGAGGAACACAGUUUCCACCGUUCAAAUUAAUAUUCAUGUAUUUUUUAAAUGGUGCAAUCACAGGUGUCUGACAGGAUUGCAAAGAAUGAAGUCACAUAUGUUGAGAGAGAGGUCGUCUAGAGUUGGUUAGAGAAACUCCCAGAGCAAACAGCACUGUAUUUUGAUCAGACCUUUCAUUUUGUGCUAAUGGCCAGUGCCAAGCUGUUGCAUCUGAAAGGGAGACUAGUUCCAUUUGUCAUUAAGAAAUGUGCAGUCUUAAAAAGCAGGCUUGCUUAACAUCCCUGCAGGCAUACAAUGGGGUGAGUACCAGUCAGCACCCAUUCAUGGAGAGCCUACUGCCAGCCAGGCACAGUGCAGAGUAGCAAAGAAUCCAUGUUUAGCACGACGCUGGUGAGGACGUAGAAACGUGUUAGGUUUUGAGGAAGAUAUAGUUCGAUCUUCGUCUAUGAAGAUGACUCACCAUAGCUUGCUGCUGGCUAGAGACAGAAACAUGUUGGUUGGUUUGUUUGUUUUCAGCCUUUUUAACACAACCCUCUGCCCGGUGAUUUCUUUCCGAGUGUCAUGAGAUGACGAAGAGGCAAUGCGGGCUGUAGUGCCUAGGAUGUGGUCAGCUCUCUCAGUCAGUGCUCGGCGAUGGUUAAAAGUUCCUCUCCCAUCGCCCCCC